UUCUAAAAUGAGUUUAGGGCUUCUACAAAACACUCUUCUUCCUCACUUCUCUGCUACUCCACUUUCCAUCUCCCAAUCCCACAAUCUAUUGUUCACAUUUCCCCACAAUAAGAAUCCCACUUUCACAGGACGAGGGAGUUUAAUUUUGAGAGCUCAGAUUUCUUGCAAUAAGAGCGAAUUAAUACCACUAAUCAAAGAAUCUAUGGAUUUAAAGAAAGAGGUUCAAGAGUUAAACAGGAAUCUUUAUGAACAUAUAGAACCAUAUGCUACUGGUUUUUUGAAAGUUUCUGAUCUUCACACAAUCUACUGGGAGCAAUCUGGGAAUCCUUCUGGCCAUCCAGUUGUAUUUCUCCAUGGGGGUCCAGGAGGUGGAACUUCACCAAGUAAUAGAAGAUUUUUUGAUCCUGAAUUCUAUCGUAUUAUUCUAUUUGAUCAGAGAGGAGCUGGUAAGAGUACACCUCAUGCUUGUUUGGAGGAGAACACAACAUGGGAUCUCAUUAAAGAUAUUGAAAAACUAAGAGAACACCUUCAAAUCCCCGAGUGGCAGGUGUUUGGUGGCUCAUGGGGAAGCACACUUGCUCUUGCAUACAGCCAAUCCCACCCUGAUAAGGUGACUGGGAUAGUUCUUAGAGGGAUCUUUUUAUUGAGGAAGAAAGAGAUUGAUUGGUUUUAUGAAGGUGGUGCUGCUGCAAUCUACCCUGAUGCUUGGGAACCAUUUAGGGAUCUUAUACCAGAAAAGGAAAGAGACUGCUUUGUGAUUGCUUACCAUAAGAGAUUGAACUCCCCUGACAUAAACACACAAUAUGCAGCUGCAAGAGCUUGGACUAAAUGGGAAAUGAUGACUGCUCAUUUGCUGCCAAAUGAAGAGACUAUUAAGAGAGGGGACAAUGAUGCUUUCUCUCUGGCUUUUGCAAGGAUUGAGAACCAUUACUUUGUGAAUAAGGGGUUCUUUUCAACAGAUUCAUACCUCUUGGAUAAUAUUCACAAGAUCAAGCAUAUUAACGCUGUAAUUGUCCAAGGAAGAUAUGAUUGUUGCUGCCCCAUGAUGUCAGCAUGGGAUCUGCAUAAAGCUUGGCCGGAAGCCGAAUUUAAGGUGGUUUCAGAUGCAGGGCAUUCUGCUAAUGAACCAGGCAUAGCAGCAGAACUUGUAGCAGCAAAUGAAAAGCUCAAGAACAUCAUCAAGACCAGAUAAGAUAGAUACAAUUUUGGACACAACAUAAAUAGCAUUGCGUUUUUGAAUUCCAUGUAUGAGAUCAUAAACAUUAAGAUCAACUGUUUUUGC